AUUCCAUGCUGUUUGCAGCUCUCCUUGCUAUCGAGUAUUUUCUGCAGGUCAGUGCCGAAUGUUGGCCAUUUGAUGCAUUAUUGCAUUUUACAGUAUUGAACCUCAGUUUAGUGUGAAAUGAGCGGUAUGCCCGGAACCAACGUGAUCCAAAUAACUAAUUUGUCGGCGGCGGUAAGCAGCGAUCAGAUGAGAACUCUAUUCGGCUUCCUUGGGGACAUCGAUGAGCUGCGACUCUACCCGCCUGACAAUGCACCCCUUUCCUUCUCAUCAAAAGUUUGUUACAUAAAGUAUCGGGAGCCUUCGAGUGUUGGUGUGGCACAACAUUUAACCAACACUGUUUUUAUUGACAGAGCUUUGAUUGUUGUGCCCUGCGCUGAAGGAAAAAUCCCAGAAGAGGCAAAGGCGCUCUCGCUUUUGGCUCCUGCAACACCUGUGGCCAGCCUGAUGAGCGGAGGAGGACUUCUGCCAAUUCCUAGCCCUUCUACACUACAGAAUCGGAGCCUCCCUUUAGCUAACCUGGGGGUCCUGAAGUCUAGUUUGGACACUUCUGUGGCGACUCUAAGUGCAGUCUCUGCUCAGCCUCCUCUCAUGGGAAAUGUUGAUCCCUCUAAAGUGGAUGAGAUCAGAAGGACGGUGUAUGUUGGCAAUUUGAAUUCACAGAGCACUACGGCAGAUCAGCUCCUCAAGUUCUUUAAGCAGGUGGGAGAUGUGAAGUUUGUCCGAAUGGCAGGAGAUGAAACCCAACCUACACGUUUUGCUUUUGUGGAGUUUGCUGAUCAGGAUUCAGUGGCACGAGCACUCACUUAUAAUGGAGUAAUGUUUGGUGACAGACCACUGAAGAUUAACCACUCCAAUAAUGCCAUAGUGAAGCCUCCAGAGCUUACACCCCAAGCUGCAGCCAAAGAGCUAGAGGACGUCAUGAAGAAAGUCAGAGAGGCUCAGUCAACCAUUGCUGCUGCUAUCGAGCCAGAAAAUGAAUUCCCUUCAUCCAGUAGAUCCAGGCAUUCCAGAAGGUCCAGAUCUCACUCUUGUUCUCCAUCUAACUCAAGAAGAAAGCGAUCCAGGUCUAGACACAGAGGGCAUCCAUCAAAGAGAUCACGGCAGAGAUUUAAUGACUCACGUGGGUCCCAUAGGAGACAUUCUCGUUCCAGAGAAAGGAGACGCAGCCAGAGUCGAUCUCAUUCCAGGGGCCGAAGGAAGGACAAAGACAGUAAAGGAAGGAAGGACGAUGACUGGGAUGAAAAGAGGCUGCGGGACAAAACAGGAAGAUCGCCUCCAAAAUGCUAUGUUGGUUCCAGACGGUCCCGCAGUACAAGCAGAGGACAUAAGAAAAGAAGCAGAUCUCCAUCCAGGUCACCAAGGCAGAGAGCCAGGUCACCAACACCAACAAAAAGAGGCAAGAGAGAAAAAAAGAGGGAGAAAGGAUGGGACAGUAGCAGGGAAAGAGCUGAGAGCUCAGCAUUCAGAAGAAAAAGCAGGGAUUCUGAAUAUAAAGCAAAACCCUCCCAGAGAGAAAGGGUCUAUGAACAGAUGGAACACGAGUAUGACAGUGAAAUGGACGGCUCGGGCUCAAUGGUUAGCGAUGACAGAUCUCCUCCAGCUCAUCUCAAUGGCAGCUACAGGAGUUCUUACGCCGAGGAGGACGAUCUCUUUGCAGCUGAGUGAUCACCGUCUACCAGUAAUGCCAAGAACUGUGUAUCAUACUGUAACAACUGACACUCCUUUUAAAGUGCUUCUUCUGUGUUCGUUGUGUGAUUGUAGGUUUCUUAAUACGUUUUCUGCUGCUGUGAAUAUGCUCCUGUCAUAUGAUAUUCAUAUGGAUGAAAAUGUAAAGAUCUUUUUUUGUCAGAAAGAAGUGGUUUAUUGAACAACUUUUUAAAACUCAUUAAGCGUUUGUUUUCUUUUGCAUGUAAAGUUGUGUUUAUAUUCUACUGGUUUUGAGUCCUUUUUUUGGUCAAUUUUACUAAAAUAAAGCCUUUUUAUUAGUGC